AAGAGCAUGAACUAUGCAGUGUUUUUAUAUGAUUUGACUGAACGGGACCACAAGAAACGCGACUUUUAUUUUGAAGGUGAGAGUUUGCAGCUGUGGUGAAUGUAAACAUUGCUGGGCUAACGUAAGACUGCAGGUCUUCAACCAUGUCAAUGCACGCAGCCCUCCUGAGCCGCCGUGUAGCUGGUGGCUGCCGCAGGGUGUGGUGUGGUAUCCCUCGACCGCUCGUCCACAUCAGGUCAGCCAGUGUAGCUGAGCCAGGCACCGGAAGAUCUGAUGAGGAUCAACUCUGGGAGGCAGCAAGCUACUUGCCAUUUUCCAGGGCCAGGAUAGGAUCUUUCUUUCAGGAAAGGCCUGUGCUGAGGAAUCCCUUUCUAGAAGAUGCCCUGCUCAGAGGAUACCUCAGCAGACACCUGCCCCAGGAGAAUUUACAGGCAGCUCUCUCAGACUUGUGUGCAUUUGGAGAGCGCGUGGCAAAUGAGGUGGACGGGUGGGGCAGAGAGUGUGAGGUUACACCACCGCAGUUGGUACACUUUGACCCCUGGGGUCGCAGAGUUGAUCACAUCGUGACCUCCCCAGCCUGGAAACGCAUGAAAGACUUUUCGGCGCGGGAAGGACUGGUUGCCAGCGGUUAUGAGGGGUCAUUUUGGGAGUGGAGUCGUGUGUAUCAAAUGAGCAAGCUGUACAUCUUCUCUCCCUCCUCUGGUCUCUACACCUGUCCUCUGGCCAUGACUGACGGAGCUGCUAAAGUCAUCCAGUCCAUAGGUGUCUCGUGGCCAGUGGAUGAAGCUUUCAAGCGUUUGACCACUCGUCAGCCUGAACUUUUCUGGACAUCUGGACAGUGGAUGACAGAGCGACAGGGAGGAUCUGAUGUGGCCAGUGGCACAGAGACAGUGGCUGUUCCCCAGUCAGACGGUUCAUACAAACUUCACGGCUUCAAGUGGUUCACGUCUGCUACAGACGCAGACAUGACUCUCACACUGGCCAGAGUGCAGGACAGAACGGGGGCGACCACACCGGGCAGCAAGGGUUUGUCUCUGUUCUACGCAGAGGUGAGUCGAGACGAGGACGGCAGGCUCAGGGGUAUAGAGGUUCAGAGACUGAAGGACAAGCUGGGGACACGGCAGAUGCCGACCGCUGAGUUACUGCUGGACGGCCUCCCGGCGCACAGGCUCUCAGAGGAAGGGAGAGGUGUGGCCUCCAUAGCUAACAUGCUGACUAUAACCAGGAUCCACAACAGCAUCUCCGCAGCAGCUGCAAUGAGAAGGGUGGUCCAGUUAGCCCGUGACUACGCCACUCGCCGCACUGCCUUUGGAAAGCUUCUUAAAGACCACCCACUGCACAUGCAGACUCUCGCCAGGAUGGAGGUGGAGACUCGUGGAGCGUUCCUCCUGGUGAUGGACGUAUGUCGCCUGCUGGGCCGUGAGGAGUGCGGCAUGGCGACCCAGCUCGAUACACACCUCCUACGUCUACUCACUCCUGUGGUCAAACUGUACACUGGGAAGCAGGCGGUGGCUGUGGUGUCAGAGGGUUUGGAAAGCUUUGGCGGACAGGGCUACAUCGAGGAUACCGGGUUGCCUGGACUGCUUCGUGACGCACAGGUGUUGAGUAUCUGGGAAGGUACAACAAAUGUUCUGUCUCUGGAUGUGCUGCGCUGUGUGGCUCGUAGCUCAGGAAUGGUUCUUGAAGCUUACUUCACCCACACCAAGUCCCUGCUCGCAGGUGCAUCAAGUGUUUCCUCUUUGGCGCCGGCAGUGAAAGCAGUAGACAGUGCUCUCUCUGAACUGCAGAAGUUUGUUCAAGUAGCAGCUACCAGAGACCCCAGCUACCUGGAAUUGGCAGCAAGAGACCUGGCAUACAGCCUAGCUCGCAUUUACAUGGGUGCCCUUCUCAUUGACCAUGCUUGUUGGAAAGGAGCCUCUCCAUCUGACACUUACGCAGCUCUCAGGUGGUGUGAACAAGAUUUGUGUCCUGUGAUGACUAAACAGGCCAGAGGCUGCUACGAUCCCAGCACUCCACCACUUGAUGCUGCGCUGGUGUAUGACCGGCCAACCUAAAACUGAAUGUUCACUGACAACACAUAAACCACUCGAUAAAUCACUCGACCUGCCAUCUCCGUACCUCAAUUCUACGGCAGAAUUUAACCCAGUUUUUUGUAGAUGACUGAGGCCAUGCUUUUAUGAAGAAAUAAGCACAGCAAUGGAACUAAAAAAAAGCCAGUGUAUUUGUGUUUAAGUGAAACAUGAAUGUGAUUUGGUGUUUUUGACAAUUACAUAUGUAUAAUAAGUAUUGCCAUUUUAGUCUAUAAGUAUGGAACUAUGGAUUCAGAAUUUUUGCAAUACACAAAUUAUUUUUGGAGGCCUGGAUGCUUAAAAAGUGUGAUGUUGAUAAAUAAAACUUGACCUCAGGCUUUUCACAUUAACAGUCAAUAUCACUACCACAGUGUAUAAACAGGAAGUUAAGAUCAACAGAUAAAAUAACUAAACCUAGAACUAGAGCACAGGUCAGAGGUAGGAGGAGCCAGGAGGGACUGAGGUCUACUACACAGUGCCUUCAAGUACUGUUGGAAAAAUUAACAGUUCAAUCUCCGAAACUAUAAAAACAAUAUGUGAACUUUAUAGUUUUGCACAAUUUAUAUACCACUUCCUUCUUUUAAAUUGUACUGGGAUUAAUUUUGUUAAUUAUUCUCUUAUAUUUCUACUGCAGAAUUGUGUUUUAUUGUGCCUCAAAACUGGUCUGAAAUGAAAUGAGGACAAAGCAUGCUAACAGUGCGACCAAGAUAUAUGAAUUGAAAAAAAAAUUAAAACAUCUAAAAUAUA